CGGGGUCAAUUUUGGACGAUAUAUGAACGCGAGGCUGGGUAUCAUGUCGAGGAGUUUCUUGAAAAACACAAGGGUGACAUGGAUAUCGUUCUUAUAUUUUCAGGUCUCUUUUCCGCAGUCAGCACCACUUUCAUAGUUUCUCUUCAAUCCGCGCUCAGUCCGGACGAAACUAAGAUGACAAACGCUCUUUUAAAACUGCUUAUACACACACUCGACAACACUACGUUUGAUGGUCGACAGCCCGACCUCCCACAAUGGAAUGGACCAGGGGAGACUGAGAUUUGGAUACAGUGUCUCAUGUACGCCAGUCUCAGCACCAGUCUCAUUGCUGCGCUGGGUGCCGUACUAGGGAAGCAAUGG